AAACCAUUUUUUUCCUCUCCAUAUUACCGAUAAACGAAACCAAUGUAGACUAUAGAUAGUUGUUGCUCUGUCUGAAUGUAUGUGGAGUAAAAUGGCAGAAGCUAAAAUUUCAGUGGCUAAGGAUCAGUUAAGAUGUUCAGUCUGUCUGGAUCUACUGAAGGAACCAGUGACCAUCCCCUGUGGACACAGUUACUGUAUGAACUGCAUUACAGACUUCUGGAAUAAAGAUCAUCAGAGGAGAGGUUACAGCUGCCCUCAGUGUAGACAGACCUUCAGUCCAAGACCUGCUUUAAACAAGAAUGUGAUGCUGGCUGAAAUGGUGGACAACCUGAAGAAGACAAGAACUGCUCUCAGUUAUGCUGGACCUGGAGAUGUGGAGUGUGAUGUCUGUACUGGAAGGAAACGCAAAGCUGUAAAGUCCUGUCUGGUGUGUCUUGACUCUUACUGUCAAACUCACUUUGAGUGUCAUGAGGAAUCUCGUUCAAGUAAGCGACAUAAACUAACUGAUGCUGGACGAUUCCAGAAGAUGAUCUGCCCUAAACAUGACCGACUGCUGGAGGUUUUUUGUCGAACUGACAAGCGUUGUGUUUGUUUCAUGUGUGUGAUGGAUGAACACAAAAAUCACGAUACUGUUUCUGCUGAAGCAGAGAGGACAGAGAAACAGAAUCAGGUUGGAGAGAUAAAAGGAAAAUGCCAGCAGAGAAUCCAAGAGAAACAGAAGCAGCUUCAAGAGCUCAAAGAGACUAUUAAGACUCACAAGAGCUCUGCAAAGGUGGCAUUGGAGCACAGUGAGAGGAUCUUUACUGAACUGAUCCGCUCCAUUGAGAGAAGUCGCUCUGAGGUUACACAGAUAAUCAAAAAUCAGGAAAAGGCUGAAGUGAGUCGAGCUGAAGGACUCUUGGAGCCACUGCAGCAGGAGAUUGAUGAUCUGAAGAGGAGAGAUGCUGAGCUGGAGCAGCUUUUACUCACAGACGAUCACAUCAAUUUCCUACAGAGUUUCCAGUCUCUCUCUGAACCUCUGGAAUCUACAGGUGUUCCCAGAGUUGCUGUCAGUCCUGUCCUCCUUUAUGAUGAUGUGAGAAGAUCUGUCUCUCAAUUGAAAGGAAUACUGGAGCUGUUUUUUAAAGAGAAAAUAGAACGGAUAUUUGGUCGAGUUACAUACAUCAACAUUUUUUCAAAUAAUGAACCCAGGACUAGGGAGGAAUUCCUACAGUAUUCCCAUCAGCUCACUCUGGAUCCAAACACUUUGCAUAAACAGCUUUGUCUGUCUGAGGAAAAAAGAGUGGCUACAUAUACUCAAACAGAGCAGCCGUAUCCAGAUCAUCCAGACAGAUUUGACCACUGGCCUCAGGUGUUGUGCAGAGAAAGAGUGUAUGGACGCUGUUACUGGGAGGUGGAGUGGAGUGGUGGAGUGGGAAUAUCAGUGUCAUAUAAGACCAUCUGCAGGAAGGGAGAAACUAAAGAUUGUUUAUUUGGAUAUAAUAAUCAGUCCUGGAAAUUGCAGUACUCUCAAUCCUGUCACUUAUUUUUGCACAAUAACAUAAAGACUAAACUCCCUGUAUUCCCCAGCUCCUGUAGAGUAGGAGUGUAUGUGGAUCACAGAGCAGGAAUUCUGUCCUUCUACAGUGUCUCUGACACAAUGACGCUCAUCCACAGAGUCCAGACCAUAUUCACUCAACCGCUCUAUCCUGGGUUUGGAGUUUAUGGAUCAACAGUGAAACUGUGUCAUCUAAGAGAGUAGACAGAUAUUUUACAAAUGUUUUUUUUUUUUGUCCAUGAUGCAAAGUUUGAGCCACAGGACGAAUCAUACACAGUCAGAAUCUCUCUUUUUUUGUUGUUGCUUUUUAAAAAGUAAUUUUAAGUAAUUUUUUGUUGUGUCAACUCUUUUUGUGUGUGCAAUAAACAUAUA